UUUUUUUUUUUUUUUUUCAACAACCAAACACCAGUCCGUCACAAUGGAAGAAGAAGGACUCGCCAAAAACCCCAACCUGGAGCUCGCCCAGCUGCGUUUCCAGCUGGUUGCAGGUGUCGCCGAAGACCGUGCCGCAGCACUUGAGAAGCUGCUUGUGGCAGUGAAGGCCGACAACAUGGCCCCGUUCUACAAGCAACUGGCUGCCGAUUUGGCCUUCCCAGUGGACGCUGCCCUGCUCGCGUCGAUGGAGGCCGCGAACGAUGCUGAAAUUGCAAAGUUCGAUGACCAGCUGGCGGAGGCCCAAAAGUCGCAAGGCGAGACGGAAGUCCGCGAGUCCCUGCUCAAGAAGGCCGAGUACAUUUGCAAGAUUGGCGACAAGGAGCGUGCUACCAAGGCAUUUGCUGCUGCUGCCGAAAAGACAGUUGCCUCGGGUCAGCGCCUGGAUUUGCAGUUCAACCUCAUCCGACUCGGCCUCUUCCACAUGGACCACGACAUUAUCAAGGCUGGCAUUGCCAAGGCCAAGCAACUUAUUGAGGAAGGCGGCGACUGGGAUCGUCGCAACCGAUUGAAGACGUACGAGGCAGUGUACUGCAUGACGGUGCGCGAUUUCAAGCGGGCGUCCGAGCUUCUCCGCGACGGCCUUGCCACCUUCACGUCGUAUGAGCUCAUGACCUACAAGCAGUUCGUUGCGUACACUGUUAUUGUGUCGACGUUUGCCCUGUCGCGUGUUGAUCUCAAGUCCAAGAUUGUUGACGCGUCCGAAGUCAAGGAGGCCAUUUACGAUCUCCCUCUGAUUAGCAACUACCUGUCCUCGCUCUACGAGAGCCGGUUUGCAGAUUUCUUCCAGUCUCUGGCUGGUCUCGAGGGCGAAUUGCAGGCUGACCGAUACCUUGCUGCUCAUGUUCGGUUUUACACUCGCGAGAUGCGCAUUCUCGCCUACACACAAUUCCUCGAGUCAUAUCGUAGCGUGGCUCUUCAAUCUGUCGCAGAUCAUUUCGGUGUUUCGAUUGGCUUUGUUGAUCGUGAACUCUCGCGCUUCAUUGCUGCUGGCCGAUUGCACUGCAAGAUUGACAAGGUGGCUGGCAUUGUCGAGGCCACUCGCCCAGAUCGCAAGAACGCACAGUACCAAUCGCUCAUCAAGUCAGGUGACCAGCUGCUCAACCGCCUGCAAAAGCUGAGCCGAGUCAUUACCAUCUAAACGGUUUUACUUUGUGGUUUCGUGUGUGUCUCUCGAAUUGUGUAUUGUUGAACAAAAAAAAAGACAAAAAAAAAAGACAAAAAAAAAACA